CCGACACAAGCCCGCACCGCUCCCCUUCCUUCCCUCAACGGUCUUUAUCAAUGGUCCACACUUUCCCUUUACUUAAAUCGCUCAAACCGUCCCAUAGAUUCUCAACACUAAAAGCUACGACAGAUUGCACCUUUGGAAGGAAAAGUGGAGAGAAAGAACACCAGAAAAUAAAAAUGACCCAUUCCUGCCCUAACUGGCUUCGUGUAGUCCUCCUCGGCCUUGAGAUUACUGUGUUUUUGCCUCAGCUCUGGCGCAUCCGGGACCAGAAGGCAAGUACUGGUCUCUCCCUUAUCUAUAUCUUUCUUAACCUUUUUAGUAUUAUUGAAUGCUUAAUCAUUGGUUUCUUUACAGCUAUUAACUGGACUAUCACUGAUACUAAUAAGCCAUGCUUUUUUGUCCAUUCUCUGAGAACAGUCAGGGAUUGUCUAAAUCUGGUACAGCUGGGUGUUGAUUGGGUGCUACUCUUUUUUCUUUUAAGUUUUAUUCUAUACUUAUCUUAUCUAUUCCUUUUUUUAUUAUUUCUACACCAGACAGAUAUAUAUUUUUGUCGCUGUCCUGUACACAGUAUUUAUUUUUAUUUUUUAUUAUUUUUCUUUUUACAGAUACUCUCUUCUUUUUUAUCUUCCAUGAACCCGGUGAAUCUCAACCCAACUUUAAUGUGGUGAUAUUUAAUUAUUCCUCGGGCCAUCCAACUCCGCUUGCUGUUGUUGGAUUCGGGUGUAGUAAGGGCCUGAGACUGGGCUUUUCAGGCGGUAGUAUUGGCAAUGCUAGCUGUAUUGUGGCUGUUCUGAGUAGGACUCGCCAGUGGAUAAGAUAAUGUCCUGACGCCGUUCCGGUCCAUUGCUAGGUUCGUACUGGUAGGUUGGCCGGCUGGAGGCACGGGGAUAUUUGUGCUGGUACAGUUGGGGUUGGCUGUUUUGGG